CCUAUUCCUCACCUUAUACAGUUAUACGUAGUACUGUAUAUCUGUAUCUCACCUUAGCCGAAACGCAUAAACUUGAGGGUAAGAGCGUGAUGAAUUGCGCUAAAUAUUUUUUCAAUUUCAAAAAUGUGAUUAAGCUCGAUGAUUUAGUGAAACCUGUAUUGUCCUCGCGCCACGAUUUCUUUGUAUAAUAUACGGAGUAACAGGUAUCUUCUCUCAUUUGAUUAAUUUAGUUUAUCUAAUGCUUGAUGUAGUCUUUCAUUGUCGAUGCAUUUGUUUCUAGUUAAUCAAAUGAAUCUACUGAUUUAAGCCGAGACAGUUGAGUUGAAUGAACAAAGAAACGAAGAACCAAAAAAACUUUUCAAACUUGCAUAUUUCGAUUACUACACAAUUUAGGCUGCAAAUUUAACACGACAAUGUUUUCAAAGCAUUAAUAACAAUAUUUUUCAAUGUAACAACUCCAAAACAUAAAAGUUUUAUGUUGGAAUUUAAAAACAUUUUUAUUCCUUUUUGGGACAAAAACAUAAGAACCACUUUAUUUUUAAUCAUUUAUGCCACAAUCUGUUUCGAUAAGUAGUGUGUUUGUAAUUUGUUAUUAUAAAAUAGAGGUAAGUGUCAGAUUGGUACUCGAAGUUGCGUAAAAAGAGUCAAAUAAAUCCUUAUUGUCCGGCCGUCGCCAUUUGAGGCGGUUCCCGGUGGAACUUUUUGAUGAUUUUUUUUCGCAUCUUAUUCAUUAAGUCUAGUUUACUCAUACCAAAUUUCAGCUAAAACUUCAAUCGGGAAGGCAUUCAAAUGAAUUCUUGAAGAUAAAUAUGCUUUUAACUGCGCAGUUAUCUUCAAGAAUUCAUUUGAAUGCCUUCCCAAUUUAAUUUUUAGCUGACAUUUGGCAUGAGUGAACUAGACGUAAUGAAUAAGAUGUUCAAAAAAUUUCGUCAAAAAAUUCCACCUGGAACCGCCCCAAAUGAUGACGGUCAGACAAAGCCUCCUAUAUAAGGACUGAUUUGACCCUUUUUAUGCAACUUCGAGUACCAAUCUGACCCUUACCUCUUAUAAAAUAGAUGAGUACUUAAUCUUCCCCAUAAAAUAACUAAAUAAGUACUACGUAUUAUUUAUCCCUAAAAAAAAGAAUAAAUAUUACUCCCUCCGUUCUCUAAUAGAUGAGAGUAUAGGCUUUGGCACAAGAUUUAAGAUGGAAUUAAUAGUGGUAGGAUAAAAGGUGUACUGAGUUGUGUGUAAAGGAAAAAAUAGGAAAGGGAAUGAAAAAGUAGGAAAGAGAAUGAAGGAAAUGGGCAUAUUUAUUGAAAAAACUUACCAAAAGUGGAAAGGGUGACAACUAACAGAGAACAUUCCAAAAUGGAAAGAGGGCCGGGUAUUAGAGAACGGAGGGAUUAGUGUUACGGAGUGUUAGAUUAAAGGAUUAAAUAAAUUACAAAAUGAAGAAAACUUGAUCUUAAGACUUCUUCAAGACGGAUCAAGUACUUGUCUAGUUCUCCCCAUAGCUCAUCCAGUGGCGAAGCAAGGUGCAAUAACAUUAUUAGCAAUGUACUCAAACCACUCUCUUAGUUGAGUCAUAAACCCAGAAAUUUGACUUACUUUUGUUACAUCUCCAAACCCUCCUCCGUGAAUCUUUGUUGGGACUAUAUGCAGCUUUGAUAUUAGAAAGAGACAGGAACAAGAUUACCAAACAAAUAAUAUUGGUUGAGUCAAGGAUUGCGCUUUCUUUAAGACGUUUCGGAAGUCGCUCAGAAUUGUGCUGCAACGUUUAGGCCCGACGCCCCCAGGAUAAAACAACCGCUGAGAAAUUGGAAAGACAAUACGCCUGCACUGGUGUUGUAUUGCUCUAAUCUAUAAGCACCCUUAACAAUACUGCUCAAUUUUCUUUUGAAUAUAUCCUAGAACAAAACAGAGAGAAUACCUUCUAAAAACCACACCUCUUGAAGGAUAGUCUCCCUUGAAUUUAUAGAGAAAAGCCAGAGAGCUGGGGUGAAGGAGUGGGGAGAGAGAUUAGGCAACGUAAAUAAAAUCUGUAACCGAAGGACCGAGAAUCAAAUUUGAAAGUCUAGAUUUGUAACUGAAGAUGAAAUUUAUAGCUACUAAUAUGAAUGAACUGUAUAAUAAAUUGCAACAAAUUUUCUCAAAACAAUAACGAUCUUAUUUUCAAUUUGCUCAACCCUUUGAUAUAGAGUAUCUUUAUUUUAAAGCAUUCACCAAGAGCUAAAAUCCCAACAAUCUUGUGGGACACUAUUGCGAGAACCCCUAUUAGCAUACCACAAUUCCUUGUUUGAAUAUCUCCAAACAUGCAUACCGACAUUACACUUCUGUAGCUCAUUCAAGAUUUUGCAGUCUUUUGUCAUUGCCUUUCAACUCUUUGAAAAGCUAACAAAAAUACUCCUGUAGUAUUUUGAGUUCUUGUUUGCAACUUUUGGGCGGAAGGAGCCAGACGUGAAGUGGACGGUGAUGCGCGAAGGUCGGAGACGUGAAAUGGACAAUUAAGAUGAAGGGUGUCAAUGAGUGGGAAACUGAAGUCAAAAUGCAUAAGAUGCAUAUUCAUAAUGCUUACUACAUUACUCUCUUUUUGAGCUUGUUUUCCUCUAACUUAUUUCAUCAAAUUUACUUCUUUUAUUUUUAUUCUAAUUUGGUCAUAGGACAUAAGUGCAUGUUGUAUGGUGAGUUUGUUCUCAUAUGCGGCUAUUUUAGGAUGCCACCCCAUGAAUAUUUUUUACUCGGAGCCAUUGCACAACAAAUGGUUUUAGUGAAAGUUCAUGUCAGUGAAGAAUUUAAUGCUUAUAAAGGAGUACAUAAUUUGGGUCCUACAAUACACCAUCAGAUUAUCGCUGCAAAAUAUUGUUAGGGUGGAAGUGUUUAAAGUUUUAGAUGGAACUGCAAUGGUUCCGAUUCUUAGUGAGGAGGUUAUGACGGUUGGACAGGCCCCCAAUCAAUUCAUUCAAUGGCCACAAAGAUUGAUGAAUCCCCAAAAUGAGGAGGAAAUGACAUAUCGGAAGGCCUGAUCAGAUCUCUUCCUUUGGUAAACUCUCUUAACCAAGUGACGAGCAUUGUCCUCCCAUAUAUGAAAGUGGGCCAUGCAAACACAUCAAAUGAUCAAAAAUAAAAAGAAUUCCAAAGCGAAAUGGGUCCAGCCAACGUGUCGAAAGGGGAGGUUAUGAAUGUGGAUAUUAUGUUAUGAAACAUAUGGCUAUUAUUGUUUGUGCUAGUAUUAUCAAUUCAUGGUUGAAGGUGCUCAUCAACGUCCAAGCAUCAUUCACAGAAGAAGAAAUCAACGAGACACGAGAGCAAUGGGCAUCAUUUUUAUGUGAAUUUAUGAGCAUUUGAGCAAUGAGCAUUGUCUUUGUUGGUUGAUUUCAUCUUUGUAAGGUUGUUUUUACUUGAACUGUAAUUUGCUGGUCUGGUUUGGUUUCUUUGUAUUUUAUAACUAUCCAAAUUUGGUCUGGUCUAAUCUGGUUUGGGAUAGAUUAUAGUCCAAGUAAAACAUCCUAAACCCCAAUAUAAUUUAUGUAGUUUUGGAAACAUUUGAUUUCGUUUUUGUUGGUUGAUUAAGUAUGUUGUUAAUGUUAUAA